AUGAUUAUCUUCUCCGGUGGAAACCGUCGCGACUCUCUGGACGCAGUCAUCGAUGACGAUGAAGGGGAUCACACGACACCUAGCAUCACCAUCAUGCGCGGAAAGCGUCUGGCUGUUAUGCAGAUGGACUUCAGCAUUGUCACCUUCACCACUCUCUGCACCUCACCCUACUUCAGCGGUAUGUACUUAUAA